AAGCUUCAAAGGAGGGCUCGGUUUGCGCAUGCGCGUUUAAAGUACACGGGGCGUAAAUAGUUGUGUAUUUGGCCAUGCUUAACAAACACGUUGCAACCGAUAAGGCGAUACAAAGUAACGUCGACGCGGCGAUAUCGUGGAGAGUAAGCCCGAAUCCCACAACGAUGCCCCGCCUCCUGGUGUCUCUCUGACGGGGAGGCAGAGCACCAUCGAGCCUUCAGUCAGUCUGACAGUAAGCAUAGAGGACAUAAGACCUCCACAGGAUUGACCCAUCCAUCCAUCCAUUUUUCUACCGCUUAUUCCCUUUGGUGCCCAUCUCAGCUACAAUCGGGCGGAAGGAGGGAUGCACCCCGGACAAGUCGCCACCUCAUCGCAGACAGGAUAGACCAUCGAAAGGAAAGCUCAACAGGACAACUCUCAUAUUUCUUGCCAAAUAGUCGCACAGAAACUGGACGGAUCUUUUUGUGAGUAAAGACGUCUAAACUGGAUCCUUCCUUUAAAGGCCUACUGAAAUGAGAUUUUCUUAUUUAAACGGGGAUAGCAGGUCCAUUCUAUGUGUCAUACUUGAUCAUUUCGCGAUAUUGCCAUAUUUUUGCUGAAAGGAUUUAGUAGAGAACAUCGUCGAUAAAGUUCGCAACUUUUGGUCGCUAAUAAAAAAAGCCUUGCCUGUACCGGAAGUAGCAGACGAUGUGCGUGUGACGUCACGGGUUGUAGGGCUCCUCACUUUGUUUAUAAUCAUAGCCACCAGCAGCGAGAAAGCUAUUUUGAGCGAGGAUGAAAUAUUUGUGGAUGAGGAAAGUUAGAGUGAAGCACUAGAAAAAAAAAAAGAAAAAGGCGAGUGCAGUGGGAGCGAAUCAGAUGUUAUUAGACACAUUUACUAGGAUAAUUCCGGAAAAUCCCUUAUCUGCUUAUUGUGUUAAUAGUGUUUUAGUGAAAUUAUAAAGUCAUACCUGAAAGUCGGAGGGCUGCGGUGUCCGCCUGUGUCGCUGAGAGAAGCCAAGAUGACAGCUGCUGCAAGAGGACGCUAACUCCGCAUAAGUCUCCGGUAAGAGCCGACUUAAUAUCACAAUUUUCAAAUCCAAAAACGUGCAGGCUGGCAUGUGAUAGAGAAACAUGUUCGCUAAAGCUUCACAACAAACAAAGAAACACCGGCUGUGUUUCGGUUGCUAAAGGCAGCUGCAAUCCACCGCUUUCCACCAACAGCAUUCUUCUUUAUUGUCUCCAUUAUUAAUUGAAGAAAUUGAAAAAGAUUCAGCAACACGGAUGUCCAAAAUACUGUGUAAUUAUGCGAUGAAAAGAGACUACUUUUAGCCGUGAAUGGUGCUGGGCUAAAAUAUCCGUUCAACCAAUAACGUCCGCAACGUUUUCAACAAGAAAAUCCGCGGGAAAUUUAAAAUUGUAAUUUAGUAAACUAAACCAGCCGUAUUGGCAUGUGUUGCAAUGUUAAUAUUUCAUCAUUGAUAUAUAAACUAUCAGACUGCGUGGUCGGUAGUCGUGGGUUUCAGUAGGCCUUUAAAAUCGGCGUAUUCCUCGGAUGUCUUUUCUGGUUUCUCCUCUUCACUGACUAGUGGCUGUCAGGUUGCUAACAAUGGUUGAACCGGUGGGGUUUAUCGAGGCUUGGAGAACCCAGUUUCCCGAAUCGGAUCCACCGUGCAUGGAGCUGAACUCUUUAGGGGCGAUCGAACAGGAGCUGGUCAAAUGCAAGACGUCCAUCAGACACUUGGAGAAGGAGGUCAACAAAGAGCGCUUUCGGAUGAUCUACCUGCAGACUCUCCUCGCCAAAGAGAAGAAGUCUUACGACGGGCAGAGAUGGGGUUUUAAAAGGCCGGCGCAGGCAAGUGAUACAGACGUUUGCGGCGGUCCGGAUGGUCACAAAAAGGAAGCGGAGCAGACUAGGACCGGACCCGGCAGGACCGCACAAUGGAUACCGCAUCCAGAGGCAGAGGCUGAAGGUACCAAAUCGAAGGGUCGAGCCUCACCUUUCCGCCCGGAGUCUGACAUUCCCGAAUUCCCAGUCGGGCCGGGUUCUGUUGCAGCUCUGCGAUCCAACUUUGAGCGCAUCAGGAGAGCCAAUUCCCACACGGCCGGAGGGUCGUCGGUGAUGGGAGAGCCGGAAAAACCCUUCUACGUUAACAUGGAGUACCAUUACGAGCGAGGACUGGUGAAAGUGAACGACCGGGAGGUCUCGGACAAGAUCAGCACACUCGGUUGUCAGGCCAUGCAGAUGGAACGUAAGAGGUCUCUUCAUUCCAUGCCAGGGAACCUUUCCGCCACUACGGGGGACAUAAGCAAGUGUUUCCAACGGGGCAGGUCCACGGAGGGGAACUACAGCUAUAACGGGAUAUACGACGAACCCGAGGAACCCUUCCCGAAAGACUGUGCUGUCCGUUCCACUGGAGGAACGUCUGAGCCGCGGGCAGCCGAGUGCCCGCCGUAUGCCAGCGUGUAUGUCGGGGGGAUGAUGGCCGCUGAGCGGGAGACGAGAGUAAUCCACAUUAAAGACCACAGCAUAGAGGAAGAGACACACCUAACAUGGCCGAGGCACUCCUGCUCCCCUGGGGGCUUCGACGAUGUCGGAGAAGGAUACACUCCGGACUGUAGCUCCAAUGAGAACCUGACAUCCAGCGAAGAGGACUUCUCCUCAGGCCAGUCCAGCCACGUCUCCCCCAGUCCCACCGCCUAUCAGAUGUUCAGGCAGAAAAGCCGCUCACCGUCCCAGCAGUCCUGCGACAGCAGCAGUCCACCCACGCCUCUCUCCUUAAAGCGUCUGAGGCAGCAGGUGGGUCUGAGUGACGCGGCCGUCAGAGUGCGUAAGACGGGCCAACCCUGGCCCAGUGAUGGGGACUCCACCGUGUCCAGCAGAACCUCCCAUGACAACAGUAUUCAAGGAGAUCUGGAUAACGAGGCGCCUCCAUCAUACAACUAUGACCUGGAACACUCAGAAGACCACCAGUCUGGUCACGAUGCUCUGUCCCUCACCGGGUCUCCUUCCACUCCGCCACAGCUCCGCUCCAAGAGUCGAUGCAGCCGAGACACCCGGUCGUCUUGUUCCCUUGAGUCCACACUGUCGGUGGAGCUGGAUCAGGAAAAAGAUAUGGAGAUGAGGAAAUGGGUUCUGUCGGGAAUCCUGGCCAGUGAGGAGACCUACCUCAACCACCUAGAAGCACUUUUGAUUCCCAUGAAGCCUCUGAGGGCGGCAGCCACAACGUCCCAACCGAUGCUGACCAACCAACAGAUCGAGACAAUUUUCUUCAAAGUCCCAGAGCUCCAUGAGAUCCAUAAAGACUUCUAUGAUGCUCUGCUUCCUCGUGUCCAAGACUGCAGUUACCAGCAAUGUGUGGGAGACCUCUUCCAGAGACUGGCCAGCCAGCUCGGAGUGUACCGGGCCUUUGUGGAUAACUAUGAGGUUGCUGUGGAGACGGCAGACAAGUGCUGCCAGGCUAACACACAUUUUGCCCAGAUAUCUGAGAAUCUCAAAGUCAAAAGCACUAAGGACUGCAAAGAUCAAUCCGAGAAGAAAUCCCUGGAGACUCUUCUUUACAAGCCUGUGGACCGAGUGACCCGCAGCACACUAGUUUUGCAUGAUUUACUGAAGCAUACUCCCUGCAGCCACCCUGACUAUCCACUGUUACAGGAUGCUCUGCGCAUCUCCCAGAACUUCUUGUCCAGCGUUAAUGAAGAAAUCACCCCUCGCAGACAGUCCAUGACAGUCAAGAAGGGAGAGAACCGUCAGCUUCUGAGAGAUCGCUUCAUGGUGGAGCUGGUUGAAGGUUCCAGGAAACUCCGUCACGUCUUCCUCUUCACUGACCUGCUGCUCUGUACCAAGCUGAAGAAACAGGCUGUGGGCAAAGGACAACAGUAUGACUGCAAGUGGUACAUUCCGCUGGUUGACCUGACCUUCCAGACCAUCGAGGACUGCGAGUCGACCCCCAUCCCUCUGGUCCAGGACGAGGAGAUUGAUGCCAUCAAGAUCAAAAUAUCCCAGAUCAAGAACGAGAUUCAAAGAGAGAAGAGAACCACCAAAGGACCCAAAGUGGUGGAGCGACUGAGGAAGAAGUUAUCAGAGCAGGAGUCUCUGCUUCUUCUAAUGUCGCCCAACAUGGCUUUCAGAGUGGCUCACAGAAAUGGGAAGGGUUUCACAUUUCUCAUCUCCUCUGACUACGAACGGGCUGAAUGGAGAGAUAUCAUCCGUGAACAGCAAAAGAAAUGUUUCAAAAGCUUCUCACUCACAUCCCUGGAGCUGCAGAUGCUUACUAACUCGUGUGUGAAACUCCAGACCGUCCACACUGUUCCAGUGAGCAUGAAUAAGGAGGAUGAUGAAUCUCCGGGGUUGUACGGAUUCCUGAAUGUAAUUGUCCACUCCGCAUGUGGACUCAAGCAGAGCUUAAAUCUUUACUGCUCUCUUGAGGUGGAUUCCUUUGGCUACUUUGUCAACAAAGCCAAAACCCGCGUGUACAGGGACUCUACAGAGCCCAGCUGGAACGAGGAGUUUGAAAUUGAGCUAGAAGGCUCUCAGACUCUGAGGUUGCUCUGCUAUGAAAAGUCUUGCAGUAAAGCCAAACAGAGCAAAGAAGAUGGAGAGAUGACGGACAAGAUUGUGGCCAAAGGACAGAUAAAGUUGGAUCCUCAGAACUUGCAAAACAAAGACUGGCAGAGAACUGUGAUUGCUGUAAAUGGGGUUGAGGUAAAGCUGUCAAUGAAGUUCACCAGCAGAGAGUUCAGUCUUAAGCGCAUGCCUUCACGGAAACAGUCCGGCGUGUUUGGGGUGAAAAUCCACGUUGUCACAAAACGGGAGCGCUCCAAGGUUCCACUCAUUGUGAGGCAGUGUGUUGAGGAGAUUGAGCGGCGAGGGAUGGAAGAAGUGGGAAUCUACCGAGUGUCUGGCGUGGCAACAGAUAUCCAAGCUCUUAAGGCGGCCUUUGAUUCCAACAACAAGGAUGUGUCUGUGAUGAUGCGAGACAUGGACGUCAACGCCAUCGCCGGCACGCUGAAGUUGUAUUUCCGCGAGCUGCCGGAGCCUCUUUUCACUGACGAGAUGUACCCCAACUUUUCUGGAGGCGUCGCUCUGUGUGACACUGUGGCCAAGGAGAGCUGCAUGCUCAACCUGCUGCUGUCUCUACCAGAACCCAACCUGCUCACCUUCCUUUUCCUGCUGGACCACCUGAAAAGAGUGUCUGAAAAGGAGUGUGUCAACAAGAUGUCUCUACACAACCUGGCCACGGUCUUUGGUCCCACUCUGCUGCGGCCUUCAGAGAAAGACAGCAAGGUCAGCAUGAACAUCUCCCAGCCCAUCUCCAUGAACGACAGCUGGUCCCUGGAGGUCAUGGCUCAGGUGCAAGUUCUCCUCUAUUUUCUGCAGCUAGAGAACAUUCCCACACCCGACAGCAAACGACAAAGCCUCCUCUUCUCCACGGAAGUAUAGCGGCGUGGGGAGGAAAAGACUUCCUUGAAUACGCUGCAGAGUUCUGCCACCAGGCGGCGCCAUCACCCUGUGAGUCAUAAACAGAAGCUACUUUUCUGAGCUGUGAGAGUUGACCUUGCUGCAAAUGUUUUCAAAGUCAUGGCGCACAUUAUGUCCAUAUGCACAAGAGUCAAUUGGUAACAUUCCUGUAAGGAAGCAAGAGAGAUGACAGCAGAAAUGUUAAAUACAGUAACACUUUUGUAUGGGGAACACAUAUUCACCAUUAAUUAACGUGCAAAAUAGUAACAUAAUGGCUCCUAAUUAGUCAUUAUUAAGUACUUAAUAAUGCCUUAUUUUGCAUGGCCUAAUUAUACAAGCAGUAAGCUUUUAAUCAAUCAAUCAAUCAAUCAAUGUUUAUUUAUAUAGCCCCAAAUCACAAAUGUCUCAAAGGACUACAACAUCCUCGGAAGAACCCACAAAAGGGCAAGGAAAACUCACACCCAGUGGGCAGGGAGAAUUCACAUCCAGUGGGACGCCAGUGACAAUCAAUCAAUCAAUCAAUGUUUACUUAUAUAGCCCUAAAUCACUAGUGUCUCAAAGGGCUGCACAAACCACCACGACAUCCUCGGUAGGCCCACAUAAGGGCAAGGAAAACUCACACCCAGUGGGACAUCGGUGACAAUAAUGACCCAGUGGGACGUCGGUGACAAUGAUGACUAUGAGAACCUUGGAGAGGAGGAAAGCAAUGGAUGUCGAGCGGGUCUAACAUGAUACUGUGAAAGUUCAAUCCAUAAUGGAUCCAACACAGUCGCGAGAGUCCAGUCCAAAGCGGAUUCAACACAGCAGCGAGAGUCCCGUUCACAGCGGAGCCAGCAGGAAACCAUCCCAAGCGGAGGCGGAUCAGCAGCGCUGACUAUGCUGACUAUGAGAAACCUUGGAGAGGACCUCAGAUGUGGGCACCCCCCCCCUCCCCCCUUUAGGGGACCGAAAGCAAUGGAUGUCGAGCGGGUCCAACAUGAUACUGUGAAAGUUCAAUCCAUAGUGGCUCCAACACAGCCGCGAGAGUUCAGUUCAAAGCGGAUCCAAGACAGCACCGAGAGUCCCGUCCACAGGAAACCAUCUCAAGCGGAGGCGGAUCAGCAGCGUAGAGAUGUCCCCAACCGAUACAGGCGAGCGCUCCAUCCUGGGUCUCGACUCUGGAUAGCCAGUACUUCAUCCAUGGUCAUCGGACCGGACCCCCCGGGGACAUAGGAGAAAGAAAAGAAGCGGCAGAUCAACUGGUCUAAAAAGGAGGUCUAUUUAAAGGCUAGAGUAUACAAAUGAGUUUUAAGGUGAGACUUAAAUGCUUCUACUGAGGUAGCAUCUCGAACUGUUACCGGGAGGGCAUUCCAGAGUACUGGAACCCGAACGGAAAACGCUCUAUAGCCCGCAGACUUUAACUAAGAGUCUUCCCUCAAUUACCUCAGAAUUAUUGCUUAUUAGUAGGGAUGCACCGAAAUGAGAAUUUGUGGCCGAAGCCGAAACCAAAUAAAAUUUGAGCGCUUGGCCGAAUACCGAAUAAUAAAUGCAGUUUUUCACAACUUUUCUAUAUUGCAUAAAUAGCCUUGAAUACAUUUUCAGACAUGUUUUUCAAAUAAAGUAAAUUUUUAUUGAAUAUUGACAUUUUUGUAAUAUUCCAGUAGCUUUUGCGUGUUCCAAAAAAAAAAAAAAAUAGUUUUUCAUUUAUAUUAGGCCUUCAAACAAAACAUGCAUUCCAAAAAAAAAAAAAGUGCAUUAAAGUGGAUAAACCCACAACAAAUGAAUUAUUGUCCUUUUGGCAAAAGUCUGCUUAGCCACAGUAGAUAUGCUAAUAAUGUAAACAGAAGUCUCAAGUAAAUCU